ACUGCUUUACGAACCCGGUCUACGGAAUGCGUUAGCCAAAUCUAGCCAACAACCUGGUCCCCAAACAAUCAUCCACAACCUGCGCAACUCCGCUCCCAACUUCCUACUGUCGCAAUGGCAUACAAGCGGCCGCGCGCGCCUUCUCCAACCGGCGCUCAAAAGCGCUCUCGCGGCGGACCGACAACCUACAUAUCCCUAGGCACCGAGCUUCCCGACGAAGAUGCGGAUGAUGGCGCUUUCGUGCCGGUGUGGAAGCAGACCGUGACGGACGAGCGAGGUCGCAGGAGACUCCACGGCGCAUUCACUGGAGGUUUCAGUGCAGGGUAAGUUUCCGAGCCAUACUUUCAACGAACGCAAGACUUCUUGACUAUGCUAAGAUACUUUAAUACAGUUGGAUCUAAAGAAGGUUGGACCCCGAAAACUUUCGUUUCCUCGCGCGCAAACCGCAACAAAGACCAGCCCAUUGGCCCGACUCAGCGAGCCGAAGAUUUCAUGGACGAGGAGGAUUUGGCAGCAGCAGCCGAGUCACGCCAGCUUGAGACUGCGCAGAACUUUGCCGGCAUAGGCGAAGCUGGACGAGCGAACGACGAUGGACUAUUCGGCCUGUUUGUGACCCAGGAGGAGACGAUGGGCGUCAAGAUUGCGCAAAAGAUGGGCUGGCGGCGAGAUCAAGGCAUUGGUCGCAAGGUACGCCGGAAUGCUGACCUGGAAGAUGGCGCAUCCGGAUCCAAGGACGACGCAGCUCAUAUGUUUGCGCCUCAAGACGCUCGGAUUAUGACUUUGCCACGAGAAGAGGUCCGUCGCAAAGGUCUGGGAUACACGUCGGAAGCUCGCUUGGGUGCUGUGGAAGAAGAGGCCGCGGACCGUUCAUCCAAGUUCGACCUGCAUUAUCUUGAAGGUCCGAAGAAGGCAUCGAAUGUAAAGAAGCCUGCGCUGAAGAAGUCUUCCUUUGGCGUUGGUGUGCUCAACGAUACCGGCUCGGACGACGAGGACCCGUACGAAUUGGGUCCGAAGAUCACGUUCAACAAGACCAUAGGCAAGGAAAAGAAAGGGAAGAAGCCCAGCAAGUUCGCCAAGCCAGGAGCAGGAGAGAAGCAUGUCUUUGUCUCGAAGAAGAGUUCCUCGAAGGCUUUGGUCUCGCUAAGCAAGCCAUCAAUAGAUGGAAGAUCUCCGUUGAGUGGCUUCACGUUUGCGGCAGGUCUCACAGAACUCACAAGCAAGCCUAAAUAUCCCCCACCGAAGAUACCACCGGGCUGGAAGUCUUCCAAAAGCACCGCUCCGACUUCGGGAUCAAAAGACUACCAAUCUGUAGCCGACGCGGCGAAAGCAUCGACACUCGAUGCAAAGGGGCGUUCGGCGCUCUUGGGGGAGAAAGCCUUACCCGGAAAGUCUAUAUUUGACUUCAUACCCAAAGACGCCCGAGAUCGGUUGGCGGCAUUAUCUGGUAAAGCUGAUCUGCCCCAGGGCCUGGGAGAAGCUGCUCCUGAAGGACAUUUGCCUGCAAGCAAAGCCCAACCAAAAGAUCUGUGGAGCCUCGUGCCUAGUCUCGAUAAGACCGUGGCAGCUGCGGCACUUGCCAAAGGUGCGACGGGCUGGAUGCCGUAUGCUGAGGAUAUGCAGAAGCGUGCACGUUACGUCGGCUUCCUAGAGCUGAAAGCAGGGCUGAAAGAGGACCUACCGGAACGUAGGGAAAGUGUAUCAGUCUCAGACUGGAUCAAAGAGCUUCAGGAGUUUGCACAUGCUGCAGAAGUCUUCAAGCCCACAACCGGCAUCAUGGCAUCCCGAUUCACAUCCGCGUCCUCUUCGACCUUAGACGGAGGUAAUGGCGGAGCUGCGAAUGCGAAUCUUUUACGACAACCAGCCACAAAGCCAGAAGAUCCUGCAGAGCAGGCGGCGAAGCUAGGCAUGUACGGUCCGAUGACUCGAAGUAGUUUCCCGUUCUACCCAUCGCGACUCCUUUGCAAGCGCUUCAACGUCAAGCCUCCACCAGACAUGCCACCGGAGUUUGAUGCUGGUGAAAGCCACUUUAAAUCGCAAACGGAAGAAGCUGUGUCCAAGGCGGCUAUGGAGAAGCUGCAACACGAGUUCUUGACUAAUGGUCCUGCUCUUCAGCGGCCGGCUUGGAUGGGUCAGGCAUCAGAAGCUGCCACUCCUGCUGCAGCUGUGGUUACUGGGCAGAGCGAGCAUGCGGCUGUGGAUGUGGAGAAGAAUGAUGCGCUUUCGAAUGAACGGGCUUCUGAGGAUGUUUUUAAGGCUAUCUUUGGAGACGAUGAGGAUGAUGAGGACUGAUGGAGGGGUCUGCAUCCGGCUCCAGAUACUGCUGCUGAACACCAUAUUUCUUGGUUUCUAGCCAUUACGUCUGGGAUCUUUGGCCCGAUGUAUGGUUAGACUGAAGAGAGUGAUAUUUUGUAACAUAGAUUCACAUCGAAGAACAAAACAAUGCGACAUGAAGAACUUGUUUUUAGUCACGGC